AUGAGCGGGAAGCCGGGGGGGGAUCUCAGAGCGUGGCGAUUCGAAAUUAGACACAACGGAGUACGCCUAGCAGAAAACACGCUAACUUCAAACUCGACGCUAGAUAGAGUCAUUCUCUGGGGGGUUUCGUGUGGGCGGGAUAAUGUGGGGUUAAAAAGGGGGGGGUGGGGGGGGGGGGGGGGGGGGGGGGGGGGGGGGGGGGAGGGGGGGGGGGGGGAAGGGGGGCAUAUACCUUAA